AUGUUUACAAAACGGACUAAGCGGACUCUGUCCAUAGAGCUACAGCAACAGAAUGGCACAAAACAUACUGAUAAUUCUCAGCACGAGACGAAUUUGGAGCUAGAUACCACCUGUCAGAAUGCCGAGGAGGAGAAUUAUCCUCAUGGCAUGAAGCUUGCCGUAAUUGUCGGCUCUCUGGCUGCUUCGGUCUUCUUGGUCGCUCUGGAUGAAACUAUUAUCACAACAGCAAUCCCAAAAAUCACCGAUGAUUUCCACUCCAUAAAUGAUAUUGGGUGGUACGGAUCUGCGUACUUUAUGACGUUUGCUGCUUUUCAACUCAUAUUCGGCAAACUCUUCUCAUUUUAUUCUAUUAAAUACGUCUUCCUUGUCUCAGUUGCCAUCUUCGAAGUCGGCUCCCUGAUCUGUGCCACUGCUUCAAACUCAAGUACUUUCAUUGUAGGCCGUGCCUUCGCGGGUUUAGGCAGCGCUGGCAUCAAUGCCGGCUUUAUCAUUAUCUUGGCAAGCUGUCUCCCUCUCCGAAGGAGACCAAUAUAUGUCAGUUCAUAUAGCGGCAUGUAUGGCAUUGCCUCCGUCGUAGCACCCUUACUGGGAGGGGCAUUCACUACAAAAAUGACAUGGCGUUGGUGCUUUUAUAUAAACUUGCCAAUCGGUGGAGCCGCUGUACUCGCCAUGAUAUUAUUCUUCCACCCACCGACUAAUGGAAAAAAGCCAUCAACCACCUGGAAGCAAAAGCUUGGUCAGAUUGAUGUCUUUGGUACCACUAUUUUGGUACUAGGUAUCGUUUGUUUGCUUCUCGCUCUUCAAUGGGGCGGUUCGGUCUAUCAAUGGAAUACCGCUCCGCCAAUCGCUCUACUAGCAGCAGCAGGAGUAGCUGGGUUAAUCUUUGUUAUUAUCCAGGUCUGGAAGCAAGAGAGUGCUACUGUGCCUCCUCGAAUUAUUCGGCAGCGGAGCGUGGCAUUAAGUGCCUGUUAUGUUUUCCAUGCGGGAGGUGCACUGAACAUACCCAUCUGGUUCCAAGCUAUCCAAGGUGUUACAGCGUUUGACUCAGGGACCCGCAUUCUGCCAACCACCCUCGGCACUGUAGUCUUCUCUGUCGUUGCAGGUAUUGGCGUUGCAAAAUCGGGAUACUAUACUCCUUUUAUGAUUCUAGGUGCUGCCUUGCUGGUUACUGGUGCCUCCUUAAUGACAACUUGGCAAGUGUCAUCAUCCGCUGCGCAAUGGAUAGGGUACCAGAUCAUAUUCAGCGCUGGUGCCGGACUUGGCAUUCAGCAGUCUCACACGGCGGCUCAAACAGUUCUCGCACCAGUAGAUGUGCCGGUUGGGGCUGUUGUCAUUAUAUUUGCGCAAAUCCUUGGUGGCGCUGUGUGGCUAUCUGUAGCACAGAAUGUGCUCACCAGCAAGUUGCUUGAAGGCCUUAAAAAUUCCGUUCCGGGCUUGGACCCCAAAGUUGUAAUCGACAAAGGAGCAACAGGUUUCCGGGACACAGCUGGACCGAGGUUCUUGGGUGAUGUGCUAAAGGUGUACAAUUUAGCAUUGACAAAGACAAUUUAUUGCGGAGUUGCGCUUGCUGCCACAGCAUUACUUUCUUCGGUAGGAAUGGAGUGGAAAUCAAUCAAAAAGAUAUCAAGUUCUGGAUCAACUUAG